AUUCUUUAAAACAUAAAAGCGACGAGCUCUUACUUUCGGAAUCGCUACCGCCUACCAGCCUCGACAGAUGAAACCUUCCCAUUCCCUGUCCACUCUACCAUGCUUUCCGUACAUCAAGCCCAUGUCUAUACUUUUGGAGUCGAAAAUCUGGAAGGGCACGCUUCCCGUCAGUUCGUCACUCCGAUUUGCCUUUCCCGUACAUCCAAACCAUGUCUUUCUUCUGCUUCUACAGUGUUGUUCUUUCCCCACAAGUUUGCUACGAUUGUACUUGGUGGGAGACAAAUGGUUCCCCCUCUUUCCCCCUCCAUAAUCCCCUUCUUCUCUCUUCCAACGAAACCCUAAAAGUUUCCUCGCUGUUGGUAGCCGUGCAAUCCGAACCCUGAAGCGGAGGAAGACGAAAUCGAUUUGAGACAGGAGGACCAACGGCGGUGGAAAAUCGCCUGUGACGAAUACGGCGGUAGCAAUUAAGAUUCCGAUGACAUGGUUUCGUCGAGUUCAUACUCGAGCCCUAUCCAUGGGUAGGAACAACGGAAACUGACGAUGGUGGUGAUGAUGGACAAGCAGGAGGAAUGGGUGCCAGUUGGUGGAACCGCCGAUGUGGCACAUGCUAACCAUGGAGCAGCAGCAAAAACAAGGUCCCAUUCACCAUCAAUGCCAGACCAUCUUCAGGUUGAUGUACAUUGAUUGUAAAAGAAGAAACCAUCCCAUGAGCUUUAGUUCUCGCUGCUUUAGGUCCCUGUUCUCAACUAUUUCCAUAAAAAAGAAAUGUUCCAUCAAGAAGGAGACUGUAAUCGUAAAAAAUGAAUGUUUGAAUGCUCCACUAGCAGAGAUCAGCAUGGCAGGUACACCAUUAAGUAACAAGAAUAGGGAGAAAACUAUUGAUGCUACCAGUAUAGACUCUCAUCAACUUCUACCAUGUGACUAUAACGGCUCUGCUUCCACUGGAUUGGGAACAACAACUUGCAUCAGAAACCAUCGCUUGCUUCAGCUCUGGCCAAAACCAUCUCACCUUCUGUGUUGCCCGUCAACCUGUUUCAUAUCGAUAUCGAAAGUGAUGACAUCUCAAUCUCAUGCAUUCUCCUCUUCAACAACAAUGUCGCUACGCUACCUCAACUCUGUCAUGGGAAAGAAGUUUACCGUCAAAAUUGAACUGGACAAGACACAAAGAUUGACAAUUCCGUAUUUUAGUCAUCAUCGUAUGGAAUCCACUUGCCUUUAGACUUGAGACUCAUUAAGACUCUACCUCAUAUUUAAUGAUGUCGAGACAUUUAUUCAUAUAUUGUGUUUUCUUAGACACUAUGUUGUAAUGGUAC